AUGCGCUUCAAAGUGUAUGUCGCCGCCGCGGUGUACCUACUUUUGGGUUCUCAAACCGCCCAGGCUGGUCCUAUUAGACGGGCACAUAAUGUGAUCCCUCGAGACGAGACAACUACUCCGACAGGCGUGCCUGACUCAAAUAGAUCGAAUGCGCUGACGACGGGCCUGCCCGUGGCAUCUACCCCGGGACCAAAUUUGGGAUCCUCGACUCCAUCUGCGUCUGUUUCGUCCCCUGAUUCUUUGCAUACCGCGACCGAGUCUACGGUCCAUCCGGGACAGUCGACGAUUACUCCUACUACAGACUCUUUGGGGGCUGUUCCUACAAGCGGCUCUACUACGCCGGUGCUCGGAUUGGGACAGACGACACAUGCUGCUGGGGAGUCCUCAACUAUCGCUGCCACAGGGCCAGCUUUGUCUAGCGGUGAUCACACUAUUGCUGAGUCUACGAGUGUAGCACCGACGACUGUGCCCGGUACAUCUCCAACCAGCGUAUUCGGCGUGGGAUCGACGAGUACAAUCGGCUCAUCUCCAACUACUACACUUGGUACAUCUCUAACUGCUGUACUCGGUACGGAACCAACAGCCAUAAUCGUUUCAUCUCCAACAAGUGUACUUGGUGUGGAAUCAACGACUAGAAUCGAUUCGUCUCCAACGAUACUCAGUACGGAACCGACGACCACGGGUGCGGUUGGUGCAACUCCAACUGCUGUACUCGGUGCGCAUUCAACGAGUGUACUCAGUCUGGAACCAACAACUACAAUCGGUACAGCACAGACAACUGUUGUCCAUACUUCCAUAACAACAGAAACUGCAAGUUCAACAACAGCAGCUGGUGAUGUGUCUGCCACUGGACUGCCUACGACUACGACGCCGGGGUUGCUGGCAACCACCUCGACUUUGCCAACGAUAGGCGUUCCUAGUCAAACAACAACCAUCCCCGGCGGCGGUGUCAUAACGCCAACCUCGAACAUGAUCUUUGAGACAACCUCUCGGGCCACUGCAACCACAGGUAUCUCGUCUGUUCCAAGCUCACUCACAGCCACAACUAUCGGGUCCGGCACAGACACAGGCACAGGGGGCUCAUCCUCCCCUACCUCAGCUACAACAGACGUCGCUGGCCCAGGCACAGCUACAGAUAUAUUUGACCCGACAAGUCAGACAUCAUCUAAAAGAGGGGCUCUAGGCUCUGGCACCACAACUCCCGCGACGGGGACAUUGAUCAGCCAGCCGUACCCCAUCACAGGGCCAAUUCCCACACCUAUCGUGACUACACGCCAUUUCCCUCUAAACACGACUGGUACGUUGCUCGCCACUGGUGGAGGUGAUCUUACAACAGCUCUUGGAGCGUCUGCCACCACUUCUGGGGAACAGUUCAUCCCGAGUCGUGAGAAUAAGUUCACUUCCACUACACCAAGUGAUCCCUUUAACACGGUGACCACCCAGUCAACUACAGAUCAAUACGGCUCUACGCUAAACACUUUGGGAUCAUCUGCCGCCACCACCUCCGUGGAACAGUUCAUCACGGAUUCUCAGUCAGCUUCCUUGGUAUCGUCUACGGACUUCAGUACGUCGUCUGCCCCAGGUAAUGGCCAGACAACUCAGAAUGUACCCGGAUCGACAACCACGGGAAUUUCAGAGCCUACUGCGACAAUUUCGACUCUUAAAUCUGGUCCUCCGCAAACCAACAGCAGAGGUGGUGCUUCAAACCCUACGGGGUUGCCAACCGCAACUCUCACAGGACUCACAACAACAUCAUCAUCAUUAGGUCCCUUCCAAUCACCAUCAUCCACCGAACAUCAGGGACCACAGUCGACAGGCACGGCCACAUCGUCGCCCACAACAACAAUCACAGUAACCCCCACCGGCCAGCCGGACUCCCAAGUCCCAACUGCAUUUCCCAGCUUCCCAACCGCCACCACGACUAUUCCCGCAUCCAUCUACGCCUCCAACCUCGCGCAGGCCAAAGAUCUCAACAGCGUCUUCUCCUCGCUCACACCCCAGUCCUCCUGUUCGGGGUCCCAGACGGCCUGUAUAUCCGGCCAAGUGGGCUCUUGUAGCAACGGGGCGUUUGCUCUCGAUGCCUGUCCCCAGGGACAAAAGUGCUAUGCGUUGCCCAUGACCAAUGUCAGGGGUGCAAAAAUAGGCUGUUACGAUCCUGCGUAUGCCCAGGGGAUUCUUGGGCCGGAGCAGAGCACCGGGCCGAGGAGUAUGCUCACGACGUUUAUAACCGAGACUAGGAGACCGGUUGUUACACGUACGCAAGUCCUCACCGUUACGAACAAGUCAUCUAUACCUACGCUGGUUCCGAGCCCCCAGCCGGAAGUGGGUGGAUCUUCACCAGUCCAGUCCGAGUCCCAGCCAACACCAACGGCGUCGACGAAGACGACGCCGACAUUACUAUCAACGUCAACGUCAACCUUGAUAGAGUAUACCCCUUCUGCUCUCCCUGCUUCAACAACUGUCCAGUCACUACCACUAAUAACAACAAUACCUAUCUUCUCCCCUUCAACAACUGCCACCACACCACCACCACCACCACCAGCAGCAGCAGGGGCAACGACGCCUGUCCUUUCUUCUUCAUCAGGUACUACUACAUCAGUAGCAGCAGCAACAACACUUGUCCUCCCCCCUCUGGAGACAACCACUCCUCCACCACCACCAACCAACACGCCCAGCCCUUCCCCUCCCACAACCUCGUCCACCAUCCAACCAACCCAAGUUGUCAUCACGCAAACCUUCAACAAGCCCACCAGUCUCCCACCACCAAAUUCAACCAAACUGUUCCUCCGUCCCCUCGACGACGGAACAACAUCAACAACCGCCAGCGCACCAGCUGCUGUAACAAGGAACGCUGGAGGCCCUGAUGCCGGCUCAUCAAUGACGACUAUCGUUAACAGCGGUACGCCUACGGUGUCGGUGUUCGUGACCGUCACAGUGACCGAUAUGCAAAAGGAGACGGUCACAGUGACAGCUCAUAAUUAA